GUCGUGGUAAGGGAGGUGGUGAGGGAGGUAGCAUGACGAUAACGGUGAGAAGAGAGGUGGUGAUGGUGAUGGUGGUGGUGGUGGUGACACUCUCGUCCCUCGUCACCACGUCCGCUCAAGACUAUUAUGAGCCGGAGCUGCCGCAAGGUCCCGAAGUCAUCAGAUCUUCGCGAGGCGGCUCGGUGGAGGCGCUGGCCAGGUGGUUUGAGCAACAAGAGGUGCCGCCGGAGGUGAAGUGGAAGGUGGAUGAGCUAGUGGAGGACCUGCGAGCGGGGGAGGUGGAUGAAGAGUAUUUGGAAGAAGUGUUGAGCCUCCUACAAGAUGACCAAGAGGAGGAGGAGGAGGAGGAGGAGGAAGACUAUGAGGAGGAGGGAGAAUCAGACUCCUCAGGACUCCUUGAUGAAGAUAAUGAUGAUGAUGACGUGAAUGAAGCAAUGGUGUUAAAUUUCCUGGAUGACGGUCAAGAGGAGGAGAAUGUGGAGCAAAACGUUCAUGACAGCAGCGAGGAAGAAGAGGGGGUGGAAUAUGGAAGCAGUGAAGAAGAUAGAGAAGAGGGAGGAGAAGAUGAAGAUUGGGGAGAAGAUGCUGGUAGUGAAGAAGAGGAAGAAGAAGACGAGGAGUUGAUGCGUCGCCUCCUGGAUGGGUUCAGUUUCACGGCGCGGCGCGUGGCGGGGCCUGAGAGGGCUGAGGGGCCUGAGGGGGCAGCGGCAGGUCCCCGGGGGCUGCGGCGGCCCAAGCGUUCCCCAGAUCCCAGCCGGCGCUCCACCUCCCGCAGCAGGAGCAGAAGCAGCAGCGGCAGCAGCAGCAGCAGCAGCCGUAGCGGUGGUGGUUGGGGCUGGGGGAGCCGCUCAAGCCCUAGCUCUUCCUCCUCCAGACCCAGCUCUUCCUCCUCCUCCUCCUCCUCCUCCUCCUCCUCCUCCUCCUCGUCUAGGCCCAGCUACCCAGCCCCAAGCUAUCCCGGCAGUACAAACCCCGUGAGCGGCUACCCUGGGGGUGUCAGACCAGUCCCAGGCUACCCGGGCAGUACAAACCCCGUGAGCGGCUACCCCGGGGGUGUCAGACCAGCCCCAGGCUACCCCAGUAGUACAAACCCCGUGAGCGGCUACCCCGGCAGUACAAACCCCGUGAGCGGCUACCCCAGUAGUACAAACCCCGUGAGCGGCUACCCCGGGGGUGUCAGACCAGCCCCAGGCUACCCCGGUAGUACAAACCCCGUCGGCGGCUACCCCGGUAGUACAAACCCCGUCGGCGGCUACCCCGGUAGUACAAACCCCGUCGGCGGCUACCCCGGGAGUACAAACCCCGUCGGCGGCUACCCCGGGGGUGUCAGACCAGCCCCAGGCUACCCCAGUAGUACAAACCCCGUCGGCGGCUACCCCGGGGGUGUCAGACCAGCCCCAGGCUACCCCGGUAGUACAAACCCCGUCGGCGGCUACCCCGGGGGUGUCAGACCAGCCCCAGGCUACCCCGGUAGUACAAACCCCGUGAGCGGCUACCCCGGCAGUACAAACCCCGUCGGCGGCUACCCCGGGGGUGUCAGACCAGCCCCAGGCUACCCCGGUAGUACAAACCCCGUGAGCGGCUACCCCGGCAGUACAAACCCCGUCGGCGGCUACCCCGGGGGAGUGCGUCCAUUUGGCAGCUACCCCAGCGGCAACCAGCCGUUCGGGGGCGGCGGGGCCCCGGUGGGGUGGAACACGCCCCGCGCCGGCUACGGUUACCCCUCCUCCUACCAGUCCUACGGCGGCUUCGCGUCAGCCAGUCGGCCCACGUACGGGGCAGGGCUGGGUGCGGCGGCAAUGGCCGGCAGGGGAUUCGGGGGCUACCCGGUGGGCGGCUUCCCCAUGCCGGUGAAGAAGAAGAAGAGCAAGAAGCAGAAGGUGACGGCGCUGGUGGCGGCGGCGGGCACGGCCUACGUCCUGCACAAGGCGCAUAAGAAGGCCAAGUUCCUCUCGCCCAUGGGCUUCGGCGGCUACGGCGGCUACGGCGGCUUUGGCGGCCAUCGUGGCUACGGCGGCCUUGGCGGCUACGGGGGCUAUGGGCGCGGCCUUGGCAGCGGGCUGGGCAGCAAGGCGCUAAUGGGAGGCCUGGCGGGGAUGGGCGCCGCCAAGUUGGGCAAGAAGCUGCUGGGCGCCUACAUCAAACUGAAGAUUGCCAAGUACGCCCUCAAGUUCGGGGCCGAGGCGGCCAAGGCGUACUUCUACUACAAGAUGGGCCUCGAGCUGGACGAGUACAUGGUCGGCAAGUUUGUGCACCGCUACCACCAGAACCGCGUGAGGGGCGACAUGCGCUGGCGCUACUACCACCACCACGCGCGGCACGGCAAGAAGAACGGCAACGACACCCAGGACGACAUCACGCUGGGUGAGUUCUGCAAGCGCCCCUGUGCCCAGAACGACACGAGAAUCUGCCAGUUCAGCUUCGACGUGCACCUCUACCAAACGAUGUCCAGGGCCUGCUAUGACUGUCCACGCAACAAGACUGACUGCGAGAGGCCGGAGUGCGUGGCGGCGGACGGCGUGCGGCGAAUGAUCUUCUCCGUCAACAAGCAGCUGCCGGGACCGCCCAUCGAGGUCUGUGUAGGCGACAAGAUCCUGGUGGACGUGAUGAACAACCUCCCGUCCACCGCCAUCACGCUCCAUUGGCACGGGGUCACGCUGGGGCCCUCCGCUGCGCUGCCCGACGCCCGCCAUACCCCCUUCAUGGACGGCGCGGCGGGGGUGACGCAGUGCCCCAUCCCGCCCGGCUCAGGCUUCCGAUACGCCUUCUUCGCCACCGACCCCGGCACCCACUUCUGGCACGCCGGCCUGGAACGAGGGGACGGUCUCUUUGGGUCACUCAUCAUCAACCAGCCUCCGGAAAGUGACCCCAACGUGCACAUGGAAGAACACAUAUUGAUGGUGAGCGAUUGGCACCAGAAAUCCGCCGUGGCAUUGAUGGCGGACAGGAACAGUGCCGGCCUUGCCCCCCGCCCCUCCGCCCUCCUGAUCAACGGCAGGGGCGCCAAACACACCUCACCUUCCGUGCCGCCCCCCAGGUUAAUCGUGGAGCAAAACAAGCGGUACCGUCUGCGUGUGGUGAGCGCCGCCGCCUCCUCCUGCCCCUUCACGGUCACGCUGGACGACCACGACCUCAUCAUCCUGGCCUUGGACGGGGCGCCGGUGUCCUUCGUCAACGCCACUACCAUCCUGCUGAACCCGGGUGAGAGAUAUGACGUGAUGUUCCGCGCCGAGCAGGAGGCCUCAGCAAGACCCAACGGCACUUUCUGGGUGAAGGUGGUGGGCGGCGGGGCGUGCCAGGGCCUGUCCCAGCACGCCGCCCUGCAGUACCUCCCCGCCAAUUUCACCUUCAACGACACACUGCCGGACCUGCCCCCCGUGCCCGCCCCUGCCACCGAGGAGGAGCCGAUGGAUUCCUUCAGUGGGCUCUGCGGCACACCUGGGCAGCGCUGUCUGUCUCACCUGUCGAGCCUCUCACCUGUGCCCACCCGCAUCACAUCCACAAAGGCUGACCACACCUUCUACCUGGCCUUCUCGCACCGCUACAGCCACAACCAGAACUACUACUCGCUCUUCUACUACGAUAUUUUCAGUGACCCUGAGGACAAGAUGUAUAGAACGCCUCAGAUCAACAACCUCAGCUUCAGGCCGCCCCCGAAGCCGCUGAUGACCAACUUGAAGGCCCUGAAGAGCGAGAACUGCAGCGCUGAGACGGGCGUGCGAGCCAACCAGUGCGUGAUGGACUACUGCGAGUGUAUCCACGCCAUUCCCGUGCCCAAGGGCUCGCUGGUGGACCUGGUGAUGGUGGGUGAAGGCCCAGCCAACGAGACCGCCGAGCCUGUGCACCUUCACGGGUACAAGUUCUGGGUGAUGAGCCAAGUGAACGCCGCUGCCCUGCCCGCCAUCCCCCCUCCCCCCCCGCCCCCGCCCCCAGCGAACGACACCACCCCUCCCCCCCCGCCCCCGCCCCCAGCGAACGACACCACCCCUCCCCCAGCGAACGGCACCACCCCUCCCCCCCCGCCUCCGCCCCCAGCGAACGGCACCACCCCUCCCCCGCCGCCCCCUCCCCCGUUCCUGUAUCGCUACGGGGCGGAGGAGCUGGACAAGGGCGGGCAGCUGGUGAGGGACCUGAAGUCGCCUAUCCAGAAGGACACAGUGGCCAUUCCUCCUGGGGGAUACACGAUCGUCAGGUUCAUAGCGGACAACCCAGGUGUUUGGGUGCUGGAGAGCCAGGUGAGCUUGAACGGGCUGUCAGGUAUGGCGUUGGUGCUGCACGUGGGCAAUAGCAAGGACGUGCCCCCAAGACCCCCGCCUGACUUCCCUACCUGCUAACAAGCCCACACACUCACCUGGUCUGGCGUCAUCUGACCUUCUAUGCGCCAGUUAUGACCUAAGCUGACCUGGCCUCACCUGAGCUUCUCGACCUGUAGGAUUGUCAAGAAGGAUGAUGUUGACCUCGAGAUGACCUUCUGAAGUGACCUGCUUCGAGGGUGACCUUUAAAGCAAUAGUGGUAGUUGUUGUAGUAGUUGUGGUUGUGGUGGUGGAAGUAGUAGUUGUGUUGGUGGUAGUAGUAGUAGUAGUAGUUAUUGUUGUUGUUGUCGUAGUUGUUGUUGUUGUUAUUAUUGUAUUGUUGAAAGUGACCAUUAUCCUUUACUUUCAUUCUCAUCACUCUAGUAUAUUUCCUUACUUUAUCUCUUCGUCUCUCUACCUUUCCUUCCCUUUCCUCCACCACUCUCCCACUCUUUCAGUCUCUCGUCCUCCACUUUCCUCGUCUCUCUACUACUACCGCGGAAAGAUAUCUACUACUACUACUACUACUACUACUACUACUACUACUACUACUACUACUACUACUACUACUUCUACUACUACUACUACUACUACUUCUACUACUACUACAUUAUACAACAAGGUGUAAAUAAAGACAAUACGAUGAGCCUUCCAUUUCACGGGUGACUAAACUAGAUGGUGUUUGGUGUGACUUUUUAAGGAUCAAAGAGGAAAAAAGAGUAUUAGGAAUAAGUAUAAAAAAAGAGUAUUGAAGACUAUACAUUUAGGUUUAAGGCUAGAGUUAUAAGCGUUUAGUAUACACGUUAGUCCGGUUUAGAUUCUCAGUGACCAAAUAUUACAUGAUAGUCAGAUUCUGUUCAUACUAACAUAGCAAAGAAUCCCGCCAAUCAAGGAUAUUAAUUUUUCCUCAGCGUCCACCAAGAAGAUUUAAAAUUUCAUCCAUCCCCAAUAAGACAAAAUUUCAUAUUAUCCACCAAUAAGAUUUAACAUUUCCGAGCACUCCCCCAAUAAGAUUUAAAAUUUCCGUGCACUCAUCAAUUAGAUUUAAUAUUUUCCAGUAUCCACCAAUAAAAUUAAACAUUUCCGAGCAUCCAUCAAUAAGAUUUAACCUCGUGACAGCAUCCACUGAAAAGAAAACCCUUCCCAGCAUCCCCCAAUCACACGCAGCCUGAUUUGGACAGGGGAGGUGUCUUGCAAGGGGAUUGGCCAAUGAUAUACACUCUUUGGCGAAGGAGGAGGAGCUUAUUCGCCAAGUUAGCUUGAACAGAGUAUAGAUAGGUAUUCAGACGUAUAAUACAUGCAUGCAUACAUAAAUACACAGUUUAUAAGCAAAUCCACUGAAUUUAUUAACUACCUUGUGUGUAUUUUAACUAUAAGUAAGAUAAUAAAUGUUCAAAGGUG